UGCGCUCCGUGAAGCCCGCCACCCCUGCCCGCAGCCCGCUGCCCGGACCGGCCUGGCACCAUGCUGCCCGCGCGCUGCGCCCGCCUGCUCACGCCCCACUUGCUGCUGGUGUUACUGCAGCUGUCCCCGGCUCGCGACCACCGCACCACCGGCCCCAGGUUUCUCAUAAGUGACCGUGACCCUCAGUGCAACCUCCACUGCUCCAGGACUCAACCCAAACCUGUCUGUGCUUCCGACGGCAGGUCCUAUGAGUCCAUGUGUGAGUACCAGCGAGCUAAGUGCCGAGACCCAACACUGGGUGUGGUACAUCGAGGCAGAUGCAAAGACGCUGGCCAGAGCAAGUGUCGCCUGGAGCGGGCUCAGGCCCUGGAGCAAGCCAAGAAGCCCCAGGAGGCGGUGUUUGUCCCGGAGUGCACCGAGGAUGGCUCCUUCACCCAGGUGCAGUGCCAUACUUACACCGGGUAUUGCUGGUGUGUUACCCCAGAUGGGAAGCCCAUCAGUGGCUCUUCUGUGCAGAAUAAAACUCCUGUAUGUUCAGGUUCGGUCACCGAUAAGCCUGCGAGCCAGGGUAACUCAGGAAGGAAAGUCUCCUUUCGAUUCUUUUUAACCCUCAAUUCAGAUGACGGGUCUAAGCCGACACCCACGAUGGAAACCCAGCCGGUGUUCGAUGGAGACGAAAUCACAGCUCCCACUCUCUGGAUUAAACACUUGGUAAUCAAGGACUCCAAACUGAACAACACCAACAUAAGAAAUUCAGAGAAAGUUCACUCGUGUGACCAGGAGAGACAGAGUGCCCUGGAAGAGGCCCGGCAGAACCCCCGCGAGGGCAUUGUGAUCCCCGAGUGCGCCCCUGGGGGACUCUAUAAACCAGUGCAGUGCCACCAGUCCACUGGCUACUGCUGGUGUGUGCUGGUGGACACCGGGCGUCCGCUGCCGGGGACCUCCACGCGCUACGUGAUGCCCAGUUGUGAGAGUGAUGCCAGGGCUAAGAGUGCGGAGGUGGAGGACCCCUUCAAGGACAGGGAGCUGCCAGGCUGUCCAGAAGGGAAGAAACUGGAAUUUAUCACCAGCCUACUGGAUGCCCUCACCACUGACAUGGUGCAGGCCAUUAACUCAGCAGCGCCCACUGGAGGUGGGAGGUUCUCGGAGCCAGACCCCAGCCACACCCUGGAGGAGCGCGUGGUGCAUUGGUACUUCAGCCAGCUGGACAGCAACAGCAGCAGCGACAUCAACAAACGCGAGAUGAAGCCCUUCAAGCGCUACGUGAAGAAGAAAGCCAAGCCCAAGAAGUGCGCCCGGCGUUUCACCGACUACUGUGACCUGAACAAGGACAAGGUCAUCUCGCUGCCCGAGCUGAAGGGCUGCCUGGGUGUCAGCAAAGAAGUAGGACGCCUCGUCUAAGGAGCGGAAAACCAAAGGGCAGGUGGAGAGACCAGGGAGGCAGGAUGGAUCAUCAGACAGCUAACCUUCGACGUUGGCCACGGCCCAGCCACAUCCCAUGUAACAUAAGUGGUGCCCAUCGUGUUUGCACUUUUAAUAACUCUUAUUUGUGUGUUUUCUUUUUCGGUUUCAUUUUUAAACACCAGUAUCUAAUACCGCAGUGGGAAAAGGAAAGGGAAGAGAGACUGUUUAUUCUCUUUUAUUGUUAAGUUUUUGGAUCUGCUA